GCCGAGCGACUCGAUCCGGUCCAGAUCAAAAAGGAACCCACCGGGCCACGUUCAGACGAGACGCCGCCAAAGCCAUCGUCGCCGUCACUGCCACCGCCGACGCACCACCUCUCGCCGCCAGCACGCGUCCCAACCCCGAACCCAAUCCGCGCCGCCGAAUUCUGUCCGGUCGUCCGGCUCCAGGCGCCGCGCCAGAAACCGCCUCCCGGACCUCCAGGGGGCGCGCUGCUUCUGCUCUGCUCGCCAUCAAUGCCAUUCAUCAAGGCCCCUCCCGCCACCUAGCACUCUCCUCUGCACCCGCCUCGGCCGCGGCUCGGCGUUACUCGUGUCCCCCGGCCGGCGCUGCCGCGUCGAGAGGGCGGGGCGGAUGCACACGCCGUUGGAGGCGAUGAGCGGGAGGGCGCGGAGGCCGGCGGCGGCGGCGGCGGCGCGCGGCGCCAACACCAGAGCCACCCCGAGGAACGAGAAAGGGAUGGAGAAGGACCAGAGGAGGCCGCCCAGCACGAAGACGGCGCCGGUGGUGAUGAAAGCGUCAGCCACCAACGCGACGGCGCAGGGCAUCAGGAACAGGAACCAGGCGCGGCGAGAUAGGAAAAUUGCGCUGCAGCAAGAUGUGGAUAAGCUGAGGAAGAAACUGCGGCACGAGGAGAACGUCCACCGAGCUCUGGAACGCGCCUUCACGAGGCCGCUGGGCGCUCUGCCUCGCCUGCCCCCUUACCUGCCGUCUCAGACACUGGAGCUUCUGGCCGAAGUCGCGGUCCUGGAGGAGGAGGUCGUCCGGCUCGAGGAGCAGGUCGUCAAUUUCCGGCAGGGACUGUACCAGGAGGCCAUCAUCACCUCCAUGGCCAAGAGCGCGUACUUCCCUGACGGUGACCGGUGCACGCCGGCACGGCAGAACAAGUCUCCGGCCCAAGUGCAGCAGAGUUCAAAGGUGUCCACCUCGACGCGUCAGGCUUCCGAUCAAGACGCUGCUGAUUGGUCGUCUUUGAAGCGGGCCACCAAUGCCAAGCAGACACCAAGAAGGCCCGGUCGUUCCCUGAGCCAAGGUGAUUGUCCGGGCAAGGAGAAUCAAUCGUGUGGCACGAACUCUUGCAGAGAUUUUGGGCGGGCGCCUUUGAGUAAUGUGCCAAAAUGCCGGAUACCGCCAGCGGAGAAAUGCGCUGGAGUUCAGACAACCAGUACGGUGGAAGAUCACAAAGCUAUCGACGGCAGCAAUGGCAUUGAUUCAGACAUGGCCUCAACCGCGGCGAACAAAGUCUCGGAGGAGCUACUGACGUGCCUGAUGGCCAUCUUCUCGCAGAUGAGCACCUCCAGAAGCCAUGACGAGGAGCAAGCAUCGUCGCCGUCGGUAUCCGGUUCCUGCGAGAGCAGCUCAGACGGCGCCUGCGCUGGCACCGGAGAUCCCUACGGUGUCCUAGAAUUCGGGUGCCGAGACAUUGGCUGGUACAAGCAGUUCCGAUCAGUCGACGCUGCUUCAUUCGACACCAAUGUGUCUGCCGGCGAUGCCGCCGCUCUUGGUCGGAGAUUGAAGGCGUUGCUCCGGAAGCUCUCCUCGGUUGACCUAGUGGGCCUCUCCCACCAACAAAGGCUGGCGUUCUGGAUCAACACCUACAACUCGUGCAUGAUGAACGCAUUUCUUGAGCACGGAGCACCUACCAACCCCCAUAUGCUGGUGGCCAUGAUGCCCAAGGCGACCAUCAACGUGAGCGGCCGCGUGCUGAGCGCCAUGACGAUCGAGCACUUCGUCCUCCGGCUGCCCUACGGCGCAAAGCAUGUGAACACGGAGGCGGUGAAGGGCGACGGCACGGCCGUGUUGGGGCUGGAGUGGCCGGAGCCGCUGGUGACGUUCGCGCUCUCCUGCGGCAGCUGGUCCUCGCCGGCGGUGAGGGUCUACACGGCGGACCACGUGGAGGAGGAGCUGGAGGCGGCGAAGCGGGAGUACCUGGAGGCCGCGGUGGGCGUAUCGCCGGCGGGCGGGCUGGCGAUCCCCAAGCUCCUGCACUGGUACCUCCCGGACUUCGCCAAGGACGUGGGCUCCCUCGUGGACUGGGUCUGCCUGCAGCUGCCCCGUGACCUGCAGCGCGACGCCGUCCGCGCCGUCGAGGCGGCGGCGGCCGCCGGCCGGCUCGGCGGUCCCACCGCAGCGUCGCGGCGGCCCGUGCGUGUCCUGCCGUACGAGUUCAGGUUUAGAUACCUGCUGGCCUUGUAGAACAUAAACCCAACAAACGUGCGUGGUGGAUAAUGCCUAUUUGUACACAGAUCUGAUUGGGCCGGGACUUUUGCACUUUCAACCGAUUAGUCGGUCCAACAGUGGUUUUGGACUAGUAA